GGACCGUUCGCGACGUUCCUCAUCGUAGGACCAACAUGCUUCUUCCUGGGCAUGCUUCUCGCGCAGUUCCCCUACGACUACAAUGUCCUCUGGACGACGCCUCCCGUUCUCGAAGCCGGCGUCAAUCCACGCGAUGUCUACUUUGCGCUCCAAGAAACCCACCUGAAAUUCAUCCACGCCAGCCCACCUCUCAUCUCAAGAAUCCUCCACAUCGUUAUCGGAGUCGGAAUUCUCGGGUUCAUGCUCAAGCUUUUCAAGCCUUCUGAAGCGAAUAUGCUGUUUGACGGCGCGAGCUUGGUUCUCUACAUGGUUGGCAUCACCGUCUAUAUCGCGAAUAUUGUCAAAGGCCUAAGGACCGUUACGAUGGGAGCCUAUGGUACGAAAGAACUGGGCAAGGAUGAUACACUUGUUGAUAAGGCUUUGGAAGGAACUGAUGGGCAGUAUAUUGGGCGCGAAGAUACCCUUAGGGUGCUGUCUGCGAGCAAUACCAUUCUGGCGCUUGUGCUGGUUGGUGUAUUGAUUCUGCAGGCAGGACAGUGGUAUGCGGAAAGGAAAGAGGCAGAGGAAAUCGAG